AUGCCAAGAGUUAGCAAACCACGAUCACGAGUUCGUCAGCAGGAUCAACGAUUAUCCAGUACUCAACCGUCCGUCGAAGUACCGAGCAAUUUGGGCGAGUUAUCAAUUUUAGAGUUGAAGAACCUUUGCCGCGAACUCAACUUUUCCUGCGCUGGCGGCCGACGGGUACUUACAACGCGUCUACAAAACGAAAGAGAACGUCUAAGCACGAAUACGCCGCAAUUCAACAUUCAAACCGUUCCAGUAAACAACACGUUAUCUAAUUCCAACGCAAGGGAAAGCUUCAGCGCCGACAAACUGGCACAGAUUACGCAGAUUGUUUCGCAGUCGAUCUCGUCGUUCUUCGAAAGCCAACACGCCACAACAACCGCGACUCGUGUAGAUGAGCAGCCAACUAUCCCGCCACCGCCAACGUUACUCGAAAGGCUAGAACAGCUUG